AAACAGCAAUGAACUCACCCAAUCACGCUGUGCUCUGUGAUCAACCGUUUUCACGAAAAUUUCGCCGAAGAUGCCACGGAGGGAGGAAUAUACAGAGAGAACAUUUGAUGGAUAGGCAAGCUUAAAAGGAUGUAUCGGAAUAGAUCCAUCAUGCUUGGAUACAAAGGUGCAUGUGUGGGAAUUUAUUUCCAUUUAGUUAUUUAUUUGACCCCCCACGAAUCGAAUAAACCGGUGUCCUGAGAUUCUCUCCCUCAAAACAACAGCACAGCAGCAGGUCAGAGGCAGAUGGUCAUGGGUGUUGCAUUAUACCCUUUCUCAGCCCUGGUUGGCCUGCUGCCCUGGUUGCUUCUGGCUAUACUCGCCCCUUGGAAUGUCCUCCUUGCUGAAGAGCUAAAGCCAACUAGAUGGCCACUAUUUCCCCAAAAGCCUGUGCUCCUUGCAUGGAAUGCACCAACAGAGGAUUGUGGCCCACGGCAUGGUGUUCAUUUCCCAUUGGAACAGUUCCAGAUUGUCGCCUCACCUAAUGAGGGGUUUGUUCGGCAGAAUCUCACAAUCUUUUAUAAAGACCGUCUGGGGUUAUAUCCUUAUUAUAAUCUAGAUGGCACUCCAGUGAAUGGAGGCCUACCACAGGCUGCCAGUCUCACAGAGCAUCAUGAAAAGAUGCCUGAAGGUGUGCAAAAAUACAUACGUGAGACAGGCGCCAAAGGACUUGCUGUCAUUGACUGGGAGGAAUGGCGUCCUCUGUGGAUUCGUAAUUGGGAUGUGAAGGACGUGUACAGAAACAGAUCUCGUCAACUGGUUGCACAGAAAAACCCAGACUGGCUCCCUGAGCAGGUGGGCAGAGUGGGUCAGCAAGAGUUUGAGCUGUCAGCCCGUAGGUUUAUGCUGGAGACCCUGCGACUAGCCAAAAGCCUACGGCCCAACCAGCUGUGGGGGUUCUACCUCUUCCCAGACUGCUACAACCAUGAUUACAGGAGUGGUCUACUGAACUACACUGGUCGCUGUCCUGACGUGGAGAUGGGCCGCAAUGACCAACUUACCUGGCUGUGGACUGAAAGCACAGCCCUUUUCCCGUCUGUAUACCUGAGUACUAUGCUGCGCUCCACCACUUUUGGACGUCAGUUUGUCCGCAAUAGGGUGAAAGAGGGGAUGCGUCUAGCGUCUGUGGGGGAUGGAUUGGCACGUCCUGUCUUUGUCUACACCCGGCCCACAUAUUCCAAUGAGCCGACACGACUAAGUGAGACAGACCUGGUGUCCACUAUUGGCGAGAGUGUUGCACUAGGAGCAGCUGGGGUGAUCUUCUGGGGAGACUCCACCUAUACCAGAAGUAAGGCCAGCUGCUCGAGCCUCAAUGAGUACUUGGGGGGGCCGCUGGGUCGGUACCUACUCAAUGUUUCCACAGCAGCAGGACUAUGUAGUCAGAAGCUGUGUGGUUACCAUGGCCGCUGUCUACGCAAACACUCAGAAAGCGAUGUGUACCUGCACCUUAACCCCUUAUCCCACACCAUCAGCAGCCAGGGCAGCAGCCUGAGAGUCACAGGCCAACUUGGGCCAGAGGAGCUGGCACUUUACCGUACCCACUUUCAGUGUCAGUGCUACAGUGGGUACAGGGGCGAAGGCUGUGCUCAGAAAGAGCAGGGCCAGAAUGGAGCUUCACCCAUCCUAACUGUCUGGUCCCUAACUUUAAUAAUACCAUUGGGACUCCUCACCCUGCUACACUGAUGCAGCCUGGCUUCAGAAGUUCUAUUGCACAAUGAUGGAGAGCCGAACCAUACAGCAGAGGACACUGAGGUUUCACAGCUGGCUCAGUGGGAAAGGAGAGGUUAAUGAGGUUAAACUAAUUUCUCAAGACAUGAUAAACAACAUGGAAGGUUAAGAGCAAUUACUAGAGCUUGGCUUAUUAUGUAUACAGUAGUAGGAACAAAGGACAAUGAUGACUUAUUUCUGGCAAGGAAAUGUAUUGAUCCAUAUUGUAACAUGUAAAACAUGCAAACUUAAGGAAUGAAGAUUUAAAAUAAAUGUCUGGAUGUUUUGUGUGCCAGUAGCCUAGUUUCCAUUCACCUGAUUUCAGAUGUCAUUUUCUUGUCUUAAAUAGGUGGAUGGAAACCUGGAGGUCUAAGUGUAUGAUGCUACUGGUGGAAGUUUGUUGCAGUGGGUUUGUUGAAUGUUAACAUGUCAAAGCAGUAGCAAAUGCAAUAGGUUACACAGAAAUGCUGCAAUUGUAGAGGUGCCUUUGCCACUGUGAAGCUUUCAUUUGAAGUGAACUGUGCUAUUAUACUACCUCUCUCGGCUCUCCCACGCAAAUUGUAAUCAGUAAGAGACAGACUUUUUGUCAACACUGCCUUAUUCUAAUCAUUUAGCAUUUUCAUUGGUCAUUGACUGUCCUCUAGCAGUAGAAGAAAGAAAACUGGAAGUACUUUUCUAUUGAAGCUUCAUACAUGCUUGACCUCUGCAUGAUGUGUGUUAUAUGGAAGACAUUUACAUUUUGUGGAUUGGAUUACUAGAUUUUACGUUUUUAAGUAAGACAUCACACUCGUUUUUUUUUUUUAUCAUGAAAUGCAUACAGUGCAUUUACAGUGUUUUAUGGGUUAUAAAAAAAAGCCUUCUACACAGUGUUUUAACAGUUUGUGCGCCUUUUAUGCUGCAAUGGGCUUUUCAUGUUUACUGAAUAUGAAACUUGUGUCCAGAAUUCUGCAGCUAUGUAUCCAUCUUUCACCAGUGUUACAGUACUCUGUCUAGGAAUAAGAGUGUAGUGUUACUCUUGUCUGCUUUUCAUAGUUGUAUACAUUUUGGAUAUCAGGAUAAACCAAACUU